GUGUGAUCUACGCCAUAAUCUGCAAGAAGAUAUUCGGUCGCCGAUGGCGCGAAGACGAAAGCAGUAACGUAUAAUACCAAGUCCUAUUGCUUGCACUUAUAAAGUCCAGUGCUCCCCUUUUUGCUUCUCGUAUCCCUGUACCAAGAUGACAACUUCGGCUAAUCACUCUAUCAUGGUGCAUCCUACGACCCCCACAAUAAGUCAUGUAACAAUCGCGAAUCCACACCCUGGAGAUAAUGCCCCACACACAAUGUAUCGUACACCUUCGCAUUUCAGCGGAGACGGUGGACCUGGCGUAAUAUACCCAGAGGGGAUGCGCCUCUCCAGAGCCUUGACUCCUGGCGGUAACCCUGUAGACACAUCUCAACCGGCUCUACCAAACUAUCAUAGGGCUCUUGGAGACCCUGCACCCGUAGGUCUUAUCCCCCUUUCAUCAGGGACACUACUCAUAAGUCUAUACAAUGUUCAAACUCGAGGUAUCACCACCCCAAAUAUUAUUCUGGGUCUUGCCCUUGGAUUUUCAGGUAUAGUGCAGACAAUUGCGGGCAUUUUGGAAUGGGCUUCUGGAAACACUUUCGCUGCAGUAGCUUUAACUUCAUAUGGUGGCUUCUGGUUCUCAUUCGCAGUUCUCUACAUUCCCCAGUUUGAAGUAACGGCGUCAUACGCAUCUGAUAUCUCAAUGCUGGCUAACGGCAUUGGUCUCUACCUUGUCAUGUGGGGCAUCCUCACUUUUUUGUUUCUCCUUGCUUCCUUGAGAUCAUCAGUCGCGCUGAUUAGCCUUUUCCUAAUGCUAGAUUUGAGUUUCUGGUUGACCGCCGCAGGUUAUCUGUCACAGAAUGAAAAGAUCUUGAAAGCCGGAGGCGGCUUUGGUAUCGCCGCUGCAUUCUGCGGAUUCUAUGUAGCGCUGGCGUCUUUAUUAUCGGGUCAUACUAGUUUCUUCCUUGUGCCUACGGGGGACUUAAGGCCCGGGUCUUCCCAUAAAAGGACAUGAGAUGACGUUGAGCAGUCUAAUUCUUUGUCAUUGUUUUCCUUACCUUCAAAUUUAGAUCAGUCACCAGCUUCAUACGUACCCUGGAUUAACCAUUUGCCUUGAUUGUCCUCCUUGGUGUACCGUAGUGUAGCGUCUUCGCAUGUAUGCAUUGCAGCAUUCAAGUA